AUGUCCGCAACGCAAUCUCUUCUUCCGAGGACACCCGGUCCCGCGUACCUCCCUGAUGGGCGUCCGUCACUGAGGCGGCGCCGAACGGCCAGCCUUGGGCAUCCGAAUAACAAUGUCGCUGUACAGCAUGGCAGCAACGUUCAGGCACGGCAGUUUGCGCUAGUGCCGUCGCGUAUGUCGGGUUCAUCCUGUCGUGUGACGUCCGAAUCACCAAACAUCAAACCGCCCGCCAAACGCUAUAGUGCAAGUGCAGCGGCCCCUAUUCCCAUCGUGGUCACCAGCUUCAAGACUGGCAAACCCGGGCGGAGCCUUAGGUACUGUACGAUCGAGCAGGAGCAGGCGGCGCGGCGGCCCGGGCGAGGAACAUGUUUGGGAUACACGGAAGCGGUUGGAACGCACGCGACGGCAUCGGGCUGCGGCAAGCCGCAAAAAGAGCAGAGUGCUGAAGCGCGAAUGGACGGUAGUGUGGCGGAAUUCAGGGAAACGGUUGCGGGAACGUACGAUGGCGCACCGCAGCCGCUGAACGUACCUUAG